AUGAUCAUGGAUGGGGAGUUUGCAAGAAACUGGAAUCGCAUCUACGUCUCAUCUAUCAGCGUGGUCGUAUCCUUCCUACUUUCCCUGAUUUACUGCACCGAGUUUGGAUACUACUUGCUUGACGCAGUAGAUACUUGGAUCAACAACAUGUCCCUGCUCUUCGUGGUGUGGUGCGAGUGUAUUGCUGCUACGACCAUCUAUCGACACAAGGAUAUUGUCGGUCUUCUCGGCUGGCCGUCUUAUAUAGUCUUCAAUGUUGGGUACGUUGGCGGUCAGAUACUCGGGCGUCCUGACUCGGCGCCACCUGCUUUCUGGAAGAAGAGCAUAUGGCUAGAGAAAACAUACUACUUGGGCUUUUACUCGGGUCUCCAACUCACUCGCGACCUCAACCUCGUCGUCGCCACUGGCAAGAACUGGUCCAUUCCCGUUUACUGGGGUGUCAUCGUCCGGUACUGCUCAGCGCCCAUCCUUAUCAUUGUCUUCAGCCUUGGAUACCCCGCAUUCAUAGCCGUACGCUACGACCCUCUGCACAUAUUCGGUUUCGUCGUCGCCCAUAUCGCAAUGCUCAUCAUAGCCUUUGGUCUUGUCUUCCCGCGGAUGAUGGAUGUCUUCGUCCCAGUUGAGCGUCGCGGCGAGGGCGAGAUUCCAUUCUCUCCGAACCUCGCUGUCGCUUCAGCUGACCUGAGUAUCGGCCAGCGACUUGAGGUUGGCGAGGAAACAGAUGCACGCAGUGACGUUAUGGAUCGUGAUAGUGAAAAGACAACAGUUCUGAGGAAAUCAACUCCCAAAGCGGGUGGUUGGGAAGAAGAGAAGGAAGUGUCGAGGUUGAAGAAAUGCGAAGCGAGAAAUUUUUAG